UGAAAUAGGUUUCAUUGUUCGCGACUACGGACAGAGAGCAGUCGGCAUAGCUUCGAAUAGAGAUCCGGUAUAGUCCGCUGUCGGACUCUGUUCAAACCGCACGAGCGCGAUCGCUGCCGCAUUGCCCAAAAAUAUUGCGGAAUUUUACGUUUUUUUUUCUUCCCGAUUUGUGUCCGUUGUUCCGAAUGUUCAGUGGAAAUAACGGGGUAAUCAAGUGUUGCGCCAACAGAAGCGACUAUUUCUACCGAAAUAAGAUAGGGAACCUGUCCGACCAAUCUCAAACUGAAACGAGAACAAGGAAAGCCUUCUCCAACCUCGAAUCUGCAUUCAGACACAUCUCUCAUCUCGCACAUUUAUAGCAACCCCAGUCUCGUCAUAAAAGGAGAUUUAAUUGAAGAGUCAAGUGCAUCUGCAAACAUAGACCGAGGUUCGAAAAAAUAACCGUCCCGAUCUGGUAGAUUAAAGUGAAGUAGACAUCGGUUCUAAAUAUAAGUCGGAAAAUAAACCAUUUUCCUUGUGGCUGUGCUCAUGAACUGAUGACGAAAUGGAUACAACGAAAGAAAAGUACAAUCCCAACCCGAGGGAGAAGGCCAACCCCCUCUCAGUCCUGUUUUUCACAUAUACCUUGCCGAUGUUCAAAAAAGGUUCGAGUAAGGAACUCGAUGUGGAUGAUCUCUACAACCCACUGCCAUGCGAUAGAAGCAAGCAUUUAGGCGAUAGAUUAGAAAAGAAAUGGUUCGAUCACCUCAACAAAUGUCGAAAGUUAAAGAAGAAACCCAGCUUUCUCAAGGUGCUGGCAGCGACUUUCUGGCCAGAAUAUGCCUUCUUAGGUUUUACGGUGUUAGUGCAAGAAAUUUUCCUGAGGAUGUAUUUACCCAUAGCGCUAGGCAAUCUUUUGGGUUACUUUAGAAAAGAUUCUACUACAACGAGGGAGGAAGCAUUGUGGUACGCCAGUGCUGUGGUUGUGGUGAAUGCGUUGUGUGCCGUUUUAAUUAACCAAUAUAUAGUGAAUGCCUUCCAUUAUGGUAUGAAAGUGAGAGCAGCAUGCUGUGCCUUAAUUUAUAGAAAAACUUUAAGACUGAGUAGAUCUGCACUAGGGGAGACAGCCUCUGGAAAAAUAGUUAAUCUUUUGUCAAACGACGUGAGUCGUUUUGACAUCGUCUCGGUGAUGCUCAACCAUAUGUGGGCUGCUCCUCUGUCCGCAAUUUUGGUUAUGUAUUUCUUGUACAUAAACGCUGGAUGGGCAGGAUUGGUUGGAAUCACUCCUGUUUUCAUAGUUACCCCUCUGCAAAGUUAUACAGGAAAAUUGUCAGCCGUAUACAGAAAACAAACUGCUCAAAAAACUGAUGAAAGGGUAAGGCUCAUGGACGAAAUACUUUCCGGUGUACAAGUGAUCAAAAUGUACGCUUGGGAGAAGCCAUUUGCCAAACUAAUUAAGAUAGCCAGAAAAAAUGAGCUCAAGAUCAUCAUAAAAUCUUCCUACGUCAGAGGCCUGUACAUGACUUUUAAUCUGUUCACAACCAGAGCCGCCCUUUACUGCACCUUGAUGACCAUGGCGUUGACUGAUCAACCUAUAACUACCUCUAAGGUCUUCGUACUCAUGAGUUACUACAACAUUUUGGCGCAGACCAUGUCCACAAUGUUCGUUCGGGGUAUAUCGGAAGUUGCCGAGCUUCUGGUAGCUGUGAAAAGAUUGCAACAGUUUUUAACCAACGACGAGUAUAUCUUCACUGAUCCUCCACCAAAUAACAAUGAUUUUCGAUCGGUGUCAGAUGAUAUCGAUCUCUGCUUGAAGGAUGUUACUGCCAAGUGGAAUAUAGCAUCUUCAGAUGACACCUUGAAGAAUAUUUCCAUAUCUGUAAGAAGAGGCGAACUCUUAGGGAUUAUCGGACCUGUCGGUAGUGGAAAGAGUUCCUUGUUGGAAACUGUUCUAGGAGAACUGGUGAUUACCUCUGGAACCAAAAUAGUAAACGGUAGUGUUUCUUACGCUUCCCAAGAACCAUGGGUGUUUGGCGCCUCCGUUCGACAAAAUAUUUUAUUCGGCUCGGAAUACAACAAAAAAAGAUACAAUGAGGUGGUACGUGUCUGCAGUUUGGAAAAGGACUUCCAGCAAUUCCCGGAAGGUGAUCUUUCUUUGGUAGGCGACAGGGGGGCUUCCCUCAGCGGAGGUCAGAAGGCUAGAAUCAAUCUAGCCAGAGCUGUCUACAGAGACGCUGAUAUUUAUCUUCUAGACGAUCCUCUCAGCGCUGUGGACAUCCACGUCUCCAAGCAUUUGUACGAGCAGUGUAUCAAUGGGUACUUGAAGGACAAAGCGAGGAUUUUGGUGACACAUCAGGUGCAUCAUCUGAAGAAUGCUGAUAACAUCAUCAUUUUGCAGAAUGGUAGUAUUGUGAGUCAAGGUACGUUCAAUGUACUAGCCAACGUGGAGAAUUCCUACGCGCAGCUUCUGAAGACAGAUCCUGAUCAUAUGGAGGAAGAGAAACAGAAGACUCUCACAAUAGAUCCUCCAAAAAUAACGAAGAGGCAAGUUUCAGUUAGGAAAAAAUUAUCACUAUCGAGUUCCGUGAGCGAGUUGAGUAUACCGGAAAGUCUACUACUGGAAGAACCCGAUGAAGAAGAACUCGAAAAACGAAACUUCAAGGAUAUGCAAGAGGAAAGUUCGAAAGGAAAAGUCAAAGGCUCUCUUUUCUUCAAUUAUCUUCACUCUGGAUCGAAUUACUGCGUGGUCACGUUCGUUAUUUUCCUCUACAUAUUAACACAAGUCUUGGCUAGCUCCAUUGAUUUUUUCAUAAGUUACUGGGUAAGGAUCGAGGAACACAGAAACGCUACUUUGGCUACUGAAGAAAUGGCAAGGGUGUCGAUGGCAACCGCGCAAUGGUCUACAGAAACCUGCCUAUACAUCGGCGGAGGUCUUGUUAUUGCCCUAUUCUUUAUUGCUUUAUGGAGAUCCCUAGCUUUCUAUAAGCUUGCCAUGAUGUGCUCCCAAAAGCUGCACGACAAUUUGUUCUAUAAAGUAAUUGGAACGACCAUGAGGUUUUUCGACACUAACCCCGGGGGUAGAAUACUCAACAGAUUCUCUAAAGAUUUAGGUUCAAUUGACGAGUUGCUGCCGAAGGUCAUUCUGGAUGCUACUCAGAUCAUACUCACAAUGGUAGGAUCGAUGGCCUUGGUUGCAAUUGUGAACCCCUACUUCCUCAUCAUGGUAGCCUUUAUCGGUGUUUUCUUCCUGAUAAUCCGAAAAAUCUUCUUGAAGUCAUCAAAAAACAUAAAGAGAUUGGAAGGAAUAAUGCGAGGGCCAGUUUUCACCCAUUUAGGAGCGUCCAUGAAUGGUUUAACCACGAUUAGAGCAUUCAACGCCCAGGAUGUUUUAUCAGAUGAAUUCGAUAAACAUCAAGAUUACCACACAAGUGCCUGGUUUAUGUACAUCACGGCAAGCUCUGCCUAUGGUUUCAGUAUGGACUUUGCAUGUUUCAUUUUCGUUGGAAUAGUAACGUACAGCUUCCUCAUUUAUGGUUUAGAUUUUGGUCUUGAUGGGAGCGAGGUGGGUUUGGCGAUCACACAAGCCAUGGCAUUGACUGGAAUUGUACAAUGGGGUAUGCGACAAUCAGCAGAAAUCACCAAUCAGUUGUUAUCUGUAGAGAGGGUACUUGAAUAUGAUACUCUGGAGAAAGAACCGCAACCCCAAAAACCAAAGAUACCACCUUCCGAUUGGCCACCAACUGGAAAAAUUACCUUCAAAAAUAUGGGUCUAAGAUACAGCAACGAUACACCUCUUGUUCUCAAGAAUUUGAACAUUGUCAUCAAUCCAAAGGAAAAGGUCGGAAUAGUUGGCAGAACCGGAGCUGGAAAAUCAUCACUCAUAUCAGCUUUGUUCAGAAUGGCCCCCAUAGAGGGACAUAUAGAAAUAGACAAUAUAGAUACCAAGAAUCUUCCUCUUCAGACCCUAAGGUCUAAGAUAUCGAUAAUACCGCAAGAUCCCGUCCUAUUCUCUGGAACUUUGAGGUAUAAUUUAGAUCCAUUUGAAGAGUUCGAUGACAACUUGCUUUAUAAAGCUAUAAACGAAGUUGAAUUGAAAGAUCCAGCCAAUAUUAUGAACAGAUUGGAAACGAGAGUUAUGGAUAGGGGGUCUAAUUACAGCGUUGGUCAAAGACAACUUAUUUGCUUAGCUAGGGCUAUUAUUAGAAACAACAAAAUACUUAUGUUGGAUGAAGCUACUGCCAAUGUGGAUCCUCAAACCGAUGCUCUUAUCCAAAAAACAAUCCGCCAAAAAUUCGCGGACUGCACUGUGCUCACAGUCGCCCAUCGACUUAACACCAUUAUGGAUUCGGACAAGGUCCUGGUCAUGGACUCUGGAACUGUGGUGGAGUACGAUCAUCCCUUCAUUUUAUUGCAAAAUCCGGACGGAAUAUUUUACAAAAUGGUAGCCGAAACUGGGAGAGCAAUGAGCGAACAACUGAAGAGAAUUGCUAAACAAAGUUAUCAAAAACUGAGGGCAUUGCAUGAGAAUGUGGUGAGAUGAAUGGAACAUAUGAAAAAGAAAUUUAUGGUGCUAUGUGUGAUAUCAAGAGAUUAUGAUAAAUGCUAUAUAUUUGAUGAGAUAGAUAUAUCACAUUGAGAGUUAUUCGUAUGUACCUACUUCAAUUCGAGCUGGGAAUUGCUGGCAGCUGCAGAUGUGAAGAUUUCCUGCAGAAAUAAAGCUCGAUCGAAUAUAGAAUAAUGAAUUUAUGUGGAGACCAAAAGUCUACUUGAACAAUGUGCCUUCUACAACCCAUAUUUAAUAAAGAAAAUGAUGAUAUGAAUUUUAUAUAAUAAAUCUAAAUUAAAAUAACUGUGGUCUGAAAUCGCACUUCACAAUAAUUUAUUAUAGAUGGUAUAAUACCUACUUCAAAGUACUUAUAAUUUCAAAAAUCGAGUGCCCUUGGAACCAAAACCUCAGUGAUUGUUAGUUUUUAAGAAAUAUUUGUAAAUAUUGUAAUAUACAUUAUUAGUGUUUCAAGUAUUAGUUUUCAAAACAAAUUGAAACUAAGUGAUAAGCAAUUAUUUUUACUAUACCAAGAGAAAUGAAUAAAAUUUUUCCGAAAUA